GCCGGCCGGUUUGUACGGUUAAACCGGCACAAUGCAAAAAACCGCCCGGUUUUGAUCUAACCGGGGGUAUGCUUCUGGGAAGGAAACGACGCUGUUUUGGCAAAAAAAAAAUUGAAAUCGACCGAAGGCAGGAACCCCCCGUCGGCUGUCGACCAGGAAGGCAGGAACCCCCCGUCGUGGCUGUCGCUCCUCCUCUUCUCCUCUGGCGCCCGCCGACCAGCAAUCCUCGAGUGGCGAAACCACCUGCGCUCCGCCGCUGCUCCUCCUCAGCCAGCGCGCCGCUCCUCUCUGCUCCUCCUCAGUCGGCGAGCCGUUCGCUGCUCCUCCUCAAGUCAGCCGGUGCGCCUCUCUCUCCCCUGCUCAAGAAGUCGGCGGGGAGCUUAGAUUUAUUCAUUUAGGCCUUAGGGUUGACAGCUGAGUUUGGGCUCCAUUAGGUUCAAUUAGCUGGGCCAAUUAGCUGAGUUUGGGCUCCAUUAGGUUCAAUUAUCCGUAGGUUUUCAUGGGCCAAGCUUUAGUUAGUUGUUUUUGGCAAAUUAACAAGAAAGUUUAUAGUUCAAUAUGUUUUAACCAAGAAAUAUUUUUUAAUUAC